AUGAGACUCGGCACGUUCAUCAUCGCUCUUUUCGUCGUUGCGGCCCCUACGGUCGACGCUCAUCCUUCAGCAAAGUCAACGAAUGCCGAGCGCUUGGCGCGUGGGUUGCCCCCUCUUCCUCCUGCUCGUCGGGCAACGCAUGUGGCUGCUGCACGAAGGAGCGGAGUGUCGCCUAUUCCUCAGCCCGAACCCCAGCCCCAAGUCUGCGAGACCGGUCCUAUUCAGUGCUGCCAAAAGGUCACCACCGCGAGUGACCCGGUUGCGGGUUUGGUCCUUAGCCUCCUGGGGGUAGUCGUGAAAGACACGUCGACUUCAGUAGGCAUGACGUGCAGUCCUAUGAGUGGCAUCAGCUCCGGAACUUGCGCGACUCAAACCGUGUGCUGUGAGAACAACAGCUUCAAUGGUCUCAUCGCUCUUGGGUGCACUCCCGUCUCGGCCUCGACUUCGUGA